AAAACACGCAGCACGGAUCGUAGAAUGGCACUGUCUUAUCUUCAAGAGGCGCAAAUUAACGCAGGACUGUUAACCGGGCAGCAUCUCGACAUGAAGCAAGAAUCCGAGAAGCAACCGCUCUCCCCGCCUCUGAACAACAACACGUCGCAAGUGAUGUUCCCGGGUAUGGGUAGUACAGCGGCGGGUCUGUCGAUGCUCACCCCUCAGCAAUUGCUCGCGGCGAGCAGAACGGCGGCCUUGAUGGCCGCCGGUAUACCUGUGUCGUUGCACGCGACACUCGCCGCAAGCCCGUCUCUCUACAGACACCAUCAGACGUUGUUCGGUGGCUGGGCACCACCCACCGCUUCGUCGCCGCCGUCGCCGCUUCAUCACUCCCCCGGACCAGUCUCGCCCGCGUUGAGCACCAAAUCCACGUCCCGUCGCUCCAACAACACUCUCGCCAAUAAUAAUAACAAUAACAAUAACGUGGUGAGCAGUAGCGGCGACAGGAUCACGAAGAAAGGUCAGGCGACGAAGAGGAAAGCGCAAAAGUCAAAGGUGGACAGUGUACAGCCGACGUUAGAGGGAUCUGCUCCUCUCAGUCCACCCACGUCCGUUAGCCCCGAGGCGGGCAAAGACGGAAGGGACAAGGUGUUCACCUGUGGAGUUUGCUCCAGAUCGUUCGGUUACAAACACGUGUUGCAGAACCACGAACGCACGCACACAGGCGAGAAACCGUUCGAGUGUCCGGAAUGUCACAAAAGAUUCACCCGGGACCACCACCUAAAGACCCACAUGCGACUGCACACAGGUGAGAAACCGUACCACUGCAGCCACUGUGACCGUCAGUUCGUGCAGGUAGCGAACCUGCGUCGACAUUUGCGCGUGCACACAGGCGAGCGUCCGUACGCGUGCGAGCUGUGCGCGUCCAAGUUCAGCGACUCGAAUCAACUGAAGGCUCAUCUGCUGAUCCACAAAGGCGAGAAACCGUUCGAGUGCGAACACUGUCAAAUGAGAUUCAGACGGAGGCAUCACCUGAUGCAUCACAAGUGUGGCACAGGCUUGAACGCCACCGGUCUGAUCUCCCGAUCGCAAGUCGCCUCGCCGUCUUUGGCCAGCGACGAUCUAGACGAGGAUAUCGACAUCGAUAUCGACGUAGAAAUGGAAGAACCCGACGGUACCACCACUCUGAUCGCGAGAAAAACCAUCACCCCGGUCAGACUGGCCGCGCAUCGUCAAUUACCGAGUCCUGUCCUCGCCGCGUCUAUGCCGAUGCCGUUGAAUCUAUCCGGUAUCCCCAUGGAUCUACCGGAGCAAACCGAACCGGAAGAUCUAUCGAUGUCCACCGGUAUGCACAGGCCACACUCUCACUCGAACAGCAGCGGCGGUUCGCCGAUGAGCCGUAGCCCGAGCAGCGACACCAUCCACGAAGAGGACGAGGACGAUCUGGACAUGUCAGAGGUCACCAGUCCUAACACCGUUUUCCUUCAGGCACAUCGCAACAAAUACGCGCACCACUUCGCCUCCCUUGGCAAUCCUGCCGCCGCUAAUGUCGGCCACGCGUCCUAG